AGUAAAUAAAAUUGUUUUGGCAUUUCAUCAGAUUUACUCAGCUAGCACAUUAUAUCGUCCCAACUAAAAAAUUAUGAGAAAGUAAAGCAAACAACAAUUUUUAUAUCAUUAACAACAUCAGAUCAACAGACAUUCUAUAAAGUAAAUCCAUAUUCUCGGUUUCAAUUCCUUUUCUGUUCACUAGCUGGAAUUAUUUUCACAGUAGACCUGAAUUCAACUCCUCCCCUACCUUUUUCAAUAAGUUGGGGCUUGGUUUUAACCUCGUAAUGUUUAAUUUAAAUCAUCUCUUUCUGUCGCUUUAUUACUUGGCCCCUUUAGCCGUUGUGCCACAAAUGCCGAGACUGAGGGUAAGUAAAGUUAUUUUUAUUUAUUUUUUGAUUUACUUUGGUGCUCGUUGUUAAAAAAAGCAUCCUUAAAACGUUCUGUUCACAGUGAGUAAGCUGACAAACGGCCCAAUCCCCGAUCAGCCCCAGUUCCGAGCCUGUGUCAUGCACUGGGACUCAACAAGCCGGGUGCCCAUCUACGAAGCAAUGGUUGUUAAACAAUAUAAUUAAGAUUUGGCAAGUAUUCCAUCAAAUUUUCUAGGCCAGCACAUAAUAUGGUUCCCGCUUGGAAAGUGCCUUCUCGUCCCCCAGGUUUUCGAUCGCGCGGCCAUUUUUUUUCCUCGAGGUUUCUUUCGCGUCCGAGUCACUCGCGACGAACUAAGCGAAAGAGGGUCUAUUCAUGGUCUAGCCAUGCUGUAUCAAUUUUAACAGUUAACUGUAAAUCACAAUGAGGAAUAGCAUUUUCAUAACGAGAGAAAUUUAUUAGAGAUUAGAAAAACCAAUGGCUUAUGUUAAACGAACGAACACCACAGAAAUAACCAAAGCGGCAAACAUCCUCACCGACGUAUCCAAUAAUUUGAAUGUUCGAAACUACACUUCAUGUGAACAAAGUUCAAAUAACUCGUGACGACACUGCAUCCAAGAGAAUGUUCCCCGUCACCGGCGUAUCCAAGAAUGUGACCGCCAAUUUCGAAACACUUCAUGUGAUCGAUGCUCAAAUAACUCGUGACAAUGAAGAGAAGGUUGCAUUUAGAGAAUAUUCGACACUCCCGCUAAAUACAUGAGUGUUUUGAAUUGCCUGUCCCUCUCGGUUGCCCGCAAAAAUCUGGUCAUACGAAAACCUGUACAGCGGCUGUGAGCAGAAAAUGUCCUUAACCCUUGGGAUAGAUCCAUGCCAAAACGCUACACCUCCAACUUAUUUGUCCUUUUUCACGGCCUCAUCUUCAAUAUUAAUUAGUAUCAUUGCGUUUGUUGGAAACUCUCUUGUGGUUGUUGCUGUCAUCUGGAAUCCUUACAAAGACUUGCGGAAACCGUUUUACUACUUCGUAGCGAAUCUUAGCAUUGCGGACCUUCUCGUUGGACUCAUUUUAGGGCCUUUGUCUACGAUAUGGCACAUCCUCGAGGGACUUGAACAGGGGCAGUCUAGAGACUUUACCUCGCUACUACGUGUAGUGCGCUUCAUUUUGUGCACCGCGUCACUUCUCAGCCUAACAGCCCUGGCGCUAGAGCGCUAUCUCGUCAUCAUGCACCCACUGAGUUACCAAACCAGGCUCAACCCUGUCAAGGCCUUCUUGGUUUCCGUUGUCGUGUGGAUUGGGUCCAUUCUCCUUUCGAUGAUCUACUUCUUUGUGGAGUACAACAUACAUCGCUUUAUCUUUGCGAACACUACUGUAGCUGUUACCAUCGCUACGCUGAUCUUUACGAACGCGAAGAUUUUGAAGUAUUUGCAACACCAGAUGCAACAAUGGGACGACUUGCACGACAAUACUGAAGAGAACUUGAUCAUGAAACAGUUGAUGAUGUGGGAGAAGAAAAUGACGAAAACACUGGUGAUUGUAAUAUUGUUGUUUGUAGUUUUUUAUCUCCCAUCGUGUAUUUUUGUUUACAUCAUCAACCUCUGCACAAAUUGCGAUUGUGUGUAUAUUCAUUGGAUAAGGGACAUUCAGUGGCUUCUUGUAAUGACCACUGCAGCCGUGAAUCCAUUUGCAUACCCCUGGAGAUUGGAAAACUUUCGAAGGAUUUUUAGGAGGAUCGUGAAAUGUCGCGCGUGCAGGAGUGACUAUUAGGUCCAUGCCAGUUUUGAACCACAAUCAUAAGCAACCGUGAAUGCUGAGGGUCUUAAACAACCUUGAAAGAUGCUAAUUGAUAUAGAAGACAUAAAGUAGACAGUCGAAGAAACGGAAAAGCAGAACUUAUGCAAGGUCAUGGCUCAAAAGACCCAUGGCGGCCGUAAACCGGUGGGGGUUAAAAUGGGUAGUACACGGGACGUUUGAAUCUAUGAUGACUGUCCCGUGGGGUAUACGUGACAAAUCAACAUCGCACACCGUUGCUGACUGACUAUCACUUUAUUUCGGUUGAUAUAUAUCAAGCGACCGUUAGACUGGAGUAGCAGAACAAGAAUGUGUCCGAGUAAGAAUUUUCAAUUCCAGUGCUCAUGCCUUCGCUUAUUUACACGUCAUAUCAAUCCUGUACCGAUAGUCUACUGUGAUGUUUGAAAAAUAAGACGGUAUGUGACGACAGAAGGAUUAAAUCCAUUGACCUUUUCAAAGCCCUAGUCAGACGGCGCGUGAUAGUCGAUAACAGGUCCGGGAGAAUUUAACUAUCCUCGAAUAUUAUACGUCGUUUGACCCGGCAGGGCUUCAGAUGUCUAUCCCUCUCAGCCUUCAUUUUAAAAAUAAAUUCAGAAGCGUUCAUUUGUAAACAGUCAAACAUUUAAUGAUUUAUUACUGAUGUAAAUCACACGUUUCGUUCAUGCUCAUAUGCCACAAUAAAUGGCGCGCCCAUGGCACGACGAAUAGGUCUGGGCCAACAAAAAAGGUUGAAAACAUAGUUUUUGACAUCAGAUAAAAUUCACACGAUUCGUUCAUCCUCAUAUGCCACAAUUAAAGGCACGACGAAAAGGUCUGGGCCAACCAAAAAAGCUUGAAAAAUUGGUUUUUGAGAAGCCUUGCAUCUUUAAAAAAAUUAUUUGUUUAAGUCCAUUGUUGA